AUGGGAUGCCCAGAGUUUGAGACGGAGAUCGGUGGCUACACCAUGAACGCCGCCGAGACGGUUUGCACAGGCGCGCCUUCGGCAGCCCAAAGUCUGGCCACAGUCUCGGAGUGCGCAUCCCUGUGCAGCUCGCUUUCGGGCUGCGGCGGCUUCAGCAUCUCUGGGGCCAUGUGCUACACCUUCACCGCGGGCGCGUGCUGCCCAGGUGGCGGAAGCCCCGAGACUGGAGCACGCAGCUUCUUCACUGGAUGUGAGAACUCAACACAGCGCUGGCAGUUUGCGCUGGCCUUGCACUGGACAGCUGGAGGUGUGCAAGCAUCCUUCGACUAUGGCGUGAAGGACGUGGAAGGUCCCGGCGCCUUGCCUCUGAAACGGCAGCUGCCAUCUUCCGGCAGCUUUUCAGCUGCGGUGACCCCGGACCUGGGCCUCGCAGAGCCAGGUUCUUGGACCACGUUAGAGCUCACCUUCCGGGCGCCUGUAGCCAAAGCAGGCGAUGCCUUGACCUUUGUACCCAUCCCCUUGGCGCCCUUUGAUCUGAAUGCGACGGAAGGAUCCUCCAUUGAAGUUGCCGGCGGAGCGCGCUUGCUCUUCACUGACUUGGCUGGAAGUGUAUACUGCACUUGGCAGAAGCUUGGUGGAAUUGCUGUGAAUGGUAUCAGAUGUGUGGCCGAAGAGGCUGGUGCAUGGGAAGACCAGAGCUACAGACUGAGGCUGCUGCUUCCUUUGCCUGGCUUUGGCCUUUCAGCUGACUGGGCAUUUCUGCUGGAAACUUCUGGGGGAGGUCUUCUGUCCUUGGCCUCCGACGUCCUGGCGCUCCGUCCGCCCGCCCAGCUGCGGCUGGUGAGCUCAGCAGUGCAGGCAUCUGCAGAGAGCACAGUCUUCGAGCUCGCCUUCUCCCUCGGACUUUGGGCCAGCGAGGUGGACCUCCUGGUCAUCGCCCCAGAGCUCGCGGCACGGGACGUUACUCGCUGCACCUGGGCGCCUGGCUUCGCUUCUGAAGCACAGGUAGACGUUUUCGAGGACCGGGGCUGCAAGCUGAGCAAGGCCUGA